AAUUACCAAGGCGCCCUUGUAGCAACAGCAGCAGCAACGGCACCAACAAAGAGGCUACAUCGCAACGGCACACGGACAGACACAGCAGAUCACAGCAGCGCUGACGUAAAUUUAACAACGCAAGCAGUGAAAGCAACGACCGCAGCAGUGGCAGUUGAGGGGACAAUAAUAUUUAAGGAAGAACGAAAAACAAGCUCGGUUGGGGUGGAUAGGCGCACUAUCAGCAUUUCGGUUGAGCCAAGAGACUGUUUCAUAGGAGCGGCGACAGUGAAAGCAGCAUCCCCAGCAGCAAUACUACGUACGCAAACAACAACAAGCCAUUACGUCAAUUCGGUCAAUUUACAUGAAAAUCGAGAGAAUCAUCAAAGUACGGAGCGAAAUCAAUUCCAACGCUAUAAUCGUGAAACUUUCAGCUUCACCCUUACAUUAGUCACUGCGCUGCUCCUCUACUGGUGGUGCGCGUCAAACAAUUUCGUCGUGGCAGGAGCAUUGCCUGAGGUCUCAACUGCAAGUGGUAAUGAAGUUCAUGGCGAUGGCGGUGUCGAUAAUGGCUUAGCUUUUCCCACUGUUGCCGUGAACGCCAGCAGGAGCCCCUGCACUCUCAAUAUACAACGAAAUGUUAGCUGCCACUCAGCGCUUCCCCACAGUGACGUCUAUGAUACCAAUGGCAACGUUUACAAUAUACAACAACCCAUUACCGAAACUACAGUUUCACUACAGUUUAUACAACCCUCAGAAGUCUUCGACACCGCAACUACUAUCAAAUCUGUCGCUGCUGCCAACGAAAGCGUGGAGAGUGUCACCAUUACUCCGCUUCUCAUCGUCAGUGCCGCCAGUUUCACUGACAAUGCGUCCACCGAGCCCGACAUUGAUCAAGUGCCGCAGAUUCCUGCAUACAUAUGCACCACUGCUAUGUGCUUUUGCAUAGCAAUCAUGACGCUGGGUGUUAUUGGCAACAUUAUGGUGCCAAUUGUUAUUGUGAAAACCAAAGAUAUGCGCAACUCCACCAACAUCUUCCUCACCAACCUCAGCAUAGCCGAUCUAUUGGUGUUGCUUGUGUGCACACCUACUGUUUUGGUAGAGGUAAACACGCGACCUGAAACCUGGGUGCUGGGCCAUGCAAUGUGCAAAGCAGUGCCCUUUAUUGAGCUGACGGUCGCGCAUGCCAGUGUAUUGACCAUUUUGGCCAUCUCAUUCGAGCGCUAUUACGCUAUCUGUGAGCCUCUGAAAGCUGGCUAUGUGUGCACAAAGGCGCGCGCAAUCCUUAUUUGCAUACUGGCGUGGGGAUUAGCUGCGAUAUUUACCAGUCCCAUUAUUUGGGUAGCCGACUACAAAUUCGUCGAGUACAUUGAUGGAUCAUCAGUGGCAGUGUGUUUAACGCAGGCUGUCAACAAUUGGACGAUCGGAUACUUUCUGAUGACAGUAAUCGUUUUCUUUAUUCUACCUCUGCUAAUCCUAAUCGUGCUUUAUGCUAUUAUAGCAAAAAAUCUAAUCUCCAGUAAUGGCCCAAUGCUACGUAUUCGGCCAUCGAAGCCAGAGCUAAGUCUGAAGGCACGGAAACAAGUAGUGCUCAUGCUGGGCGCUGUCGUGCUAUCCUUCUUUCUUUGCCUGCUGCCCUUUCGAAUGCUCACCAUGUGGAUUAUACUUAGCUCAGAGCAGACGUUCUUUGAUAUCGGCAUAGAACGUUACUAUAGUCUUCUGUACUUUUGCCGCAUCAUGUUCUACCUAAACUCUGCCAUCAAUCCGAUUCUUUACAAUCUGAUGUCCACAAAGUUUCGCAAAGGAUUUCUACGGCUAAUUUUGAACACAUGGAAUGCCGCUGCCUUAUCAUUGACAUGUGGACGCUAUAGGCGCAUACGCGCACGCACCGGCACAAUAACUGGAGUGGCGACUAACACAAAUACCAACACCUCGAACACGGCUACCAGCAAUACAACAUCGUCCAGUAUUCUUUCGCGUCAAUCCAAUCGCCGCUACAGCGAUGACACUGCUCACAUAAAAACGAAUACGCGCUCUCUCACUAAGACUCAAAUACAAAUACAAAUGCACAUACCCUGUGGUCCCGAGAGUGAGAUGUUAGCGAUGUUGCAUAGUAGUGCAAUAGCAACAGCAUCUACCGCGACGACUGAGGAUGAAGUACUCCAAAAAAGAGAAAUUAUUGAAAGCGGAAAGCGAAAGUAUUCAGUGCGGAAAUGUAAAAGGCAGUCAACAAUGCGCGAACUAACAGCGUUCCAGGAGGGGCAACAACCUAAAGCAAAGUCCGGUCGGCACUCAGUGCAUGUAAGUUUCGAUGACGAGGGAAACUUGGAGGAGGCUGUUACUUUGACAUGAUACGCGUACACUUGAAGCGAAGAGGCUAAUCACGAACGCAUCUUAGAUGAAGAUGUACAAGUACUUAGAAUAGUAUCAUAAAUUUAUUAGCAGAUUUUUAUAAGUAGAUAUCAAAGUACAAGUAUUGAUAUGGCAUGUGUUAACCUGUGUGCUUUUUGAUGUGUUUAAAUAUUUGUGUGUGUAUAUGAAAAUAUACUGACAUACGUAGGUAUGUCGAGCGAGGGAAGUUGGUAUUUCAAAUGUUUACUUCGAUGGCUAGUUGAAAAUGAAAUGAAAUGAAAAAUAUUCAAAUUGUAAUAAAUAAACCAAAUAAAGCUCAAAAACUAUCUAUGUAGAUUAAGUACACGUGUAAAGUAUGUAUGUAUGUAUUUUCAGAUUAAAUGCAACUCUUUCAAAAACAAAAAAAAAGAAAUAACACCUUUAAAAUAAUCUGGAUAAAAAAAAAAUAAAUAAUUGGCGCGUACACUUCUGUUAGGUGUUUGGCCGAGCUCCUCCUCCUAUUUGUGGCGUGCGACUUGGUGUUGUUCCACAAAUGGAGGGACCUACAGUUCCAAGCCGACUCCGAACGGCAGAUAUUUUUAUGAGGAGCUUUUUCAUGGCAAAAAUACACUCGGAGGUUUGCCAUUGCCUGCCGAGGAGCGACCGCUAUUAGAAAAAUGUUUCUAUUAAUUUUCCUUUCACCGAGAUUCGAACCAACGACCUCUCUGUGAAUUCCGAAUGGUAAUCACGCACCAACCCAUUCGGCUACGGCGGCCACCAAAAUAAUCUGGAUAGCCUCCCUAAAAUUCAAUUAAAUAUAUUUUCUUUCUUUUUUUUGUUAAUUUUCUAUUAGAAACUCUGUUUAAUUGGAUUUGUUAGCUCCUAGUCUGGCAAAACUCUAGGUAACGCAUGGCAAUGGCUAACUUUGAC